UUUAACAAGUAUUGACAGCAAUGGUUCUGGGAAUCGGAUGCUGUUUGUAUCAAAACAUUUGGGCGUCUCUUAGCUCGUACUGAAGAGCUGACUUCCCCGUAUGGGACAUCGCUUGCCUCAGCGAUCGGGCCUUUAAAAUGAUGAAGUGAAACGAAGCAAAAUGAAUAAGCCAAAAAUGACAACCGAUAAAGGAGUCCCCAGUAACUCCAGGGUACUUACCCUCCUUGCCCAGCUUGAGAAAAUAAAUGCAGAGCCAGUGGCGCUGGAUGUGGAAAAUGCAAGACAUAUCACAUCCAAGAUCCUUCAUCUCAUCCAAACACAAGAGAAAACAAGAAAAGAAGUAAUGGCCAAGGGCUCCAGUGGAAUGGAAGUGAUCUUGUCAACAUUAGAGAGUACACGGGACCAUCAGACUGUACUGAAUGUUCUCUGCAUUCUAAAUGAAUUGGUCUCAUUGGGUAGUGGCAGGAGAGUUGGAGUACUGGUGUCGAAGGGAGGAACCAACGUCCUCCUGCAGCUGCUGCUCAGUGCCAGCAAAGAGUCCCCCCCCAGCGAGGAGCUCAUGGCGCAGCUGCACUCCAUCCUGGCCAAAGUGGGACUAAAAGAUAAAAAAUUUGGCAUCAAGGCCAGAAUAAACGGAGCACUAAAUAUAACAUUAAACCUUCUGAAGCACAAUUUGCAGAACUACAAGCUCAUUUUGCCAUGCCUGCAGGUUUUGAGAGUAUAUUCAAGCAACUCUGUGAAUGCAGUAUCAUUGGGCAAGAAUGGCGUUGUGGAGCUGAUGUUUAAAAUAAUUGGUCCCUUCAGCAAAAAGAAUACAAGCCUUUUGAAAGUUACCCUGGAUACUUUAGCAGCUUUGUUGAAGUCAAAAACGAAUGCACGAAGGGCAGUAGACAAGGGGUAUGUCCCUUCGCUGCUGGCAAUUUACCAGGACUGGCACAGACAUGACACCCGACACAGGCACAUGCUCAUCCGGAAGGGCAUUUUGGGCUCCAUCAAAAACAUUACGAACAUCAAGCUGGGUAGGAAGGCAUUCAUUGAUGCAGAUGGCAUGAGGAUUUUGUACAGCACGUCUACAGAGUGCCUUCCAGUGAGGACACUGGACCCGCUGACUAACACGUCAAGCCUUAUUAUGAGAAAGUGUUUCCCCAAGAACCGACUUCCAGUUCCAACAAUAAAGAGUGUGUUCAACUUCCAUCUCCCCAUGAUUCCAGCCAGUGGCCCUGUGGCACAGCUCUACAGUUUACCUCCAGAGGUGGAUGAUGUAGUGGACGAAAGCGAUGAUAAUGAUGAAACAGAAGCUGACAAUGAAAAUGAUACUGAGAACGAAGAUGAUGAAAAGGACCAAAAUUUGCAGAAUGAUGAUAUUGAAACUGAUAUCAAUAAAUUGUGCCCAAAGCAGGACCUUAGCCGACCUCUUGAAGAGCUAAAAAUGUAUGAGCGCUUUUUUCCAGAACUCACUGAAGACUUUCAAGGAUUCAGCUUUGCAAAUCCAACUGUGCUGGAACCAAAGUCAUCUGGCCCAAUUGUUGUUCCCACAGCGGGGGAAGAGUCUUCCACAGACCUCAGCUCCACCAAAAAGGAAACCAAGUUUACCAAGGGAGAGCAAAAAAAACAACAGCUUGUAAAUACUGUUACUCAUGCAGGAGGUCCUGAAAUGUCUCCAGGACUUGUGGAUUUGGAAAACAUUGAAAUCGUAAAAGAUGAUGCAAAGAAUUCUGGUGCUAAUAAUCUCUUGCUUUCCCAGUGCCUGAAGCAUGAGUUAGUCAGGGAAAUGGAGCGCUUGUCCCUAGAUGGGGAGACUUCUUCAAACAAGUGCAGUAAUUCACCAUGUGUAAAUGGACAGAAAUAUAAAAUGGAAUUGAGCUCCACAACCUGUAAUAAAACCUGCCAGGAGUUCUCAAGAAAUGGUGGGUCUUUAGAAGACCACUUAUCUCUUUCCUGCAGCCUCAGGGGCGAAGUUGACCAUGACGACGACUGUAGCUCCCUUUCUUCUGGGGAGCAGGGAGUCUUAGAGGUGCCAGACACAGCUGCCUUACUUCCUUUACAUGACCCUGAACUCUACAUUGAGACUGUGAAAAACACCAAAUCUGUCCCUGGAUAUGCAGAGGUGGCUUAUCCCGAUUAUUUCGGUCAUAUUGCUCCUACAUUUAAGGAGCACAUCUCAGAAAGAGCUUACGGUGUUCAGAGGACAAAAAUAUUCCAGGAUAUUGAAAGGUUGAUCCAUUCUAAUGAUAUUGUUGACCAAGUUGUCUAUGAUUUAGAUUUGCCAAACUGUCCAGUGAUUGAAGACAGAGAAGCUUUGAAAUUUAACUCCCGGUUUGAAUCUGGAAACUUACGGAAAGCUAUUCAAGUUAGAAAGUUUGAAUAUGACCUUAUUCUGAACUCUGAUAUAAACAGCAACCAUUACCAUCAGUGGUUUUACUUUGAGGUUAGUGGAAUGAGGAGCGGUGUUCCCUACCGUUUCAACAUCAUCAACUGCGAGAAGUCCAACAGCCAGUUCAACUAUGGAAUGCAAGUGUUAAUGUACUCAGUCCAAGAGGCACUAAGUGGUCGACCACGAUGGGUCCGCACAGGAACAGAUAUCUGUUACUAUAAAAACCACUUCUCUCGAAGUUCCAUCGCAGCAGGGGGUCAGAAAGGGAAAUCAUACUACACCAUGACCUUCACAGUGACCUUCCAUCACAAAGAUGACGUUUGCUAUUUUGCAUAUCACUAUCCCUACACUUAUUCUACUUUACAGAUGCACCUUCAGAAGCUGGAAUCAAUGUGCACUCCACAGAUAUACUUCCGCAAAGAUGUGCUCUGUGAAACACUGGGUGGGAACAGCUGCCCUGUCUUAACUAUCACCGCAAUGCCAGAGUCAGAACACUACGAAGAGAUCUGUCAGUUCAGAAAUCGUCCCUACAUUUUUCUCACUGCCCGUGUGCAUCCUGGAGAAACUAAUGCAAGCUGGGUAAUGAAAGGAACUCUGGAGUUUUUAAUGAACAAUAGUCCAAUGGCCCAAAGCCUGCGAGAAUCCUACAUUUUCAAAAUUAUUCCCAUGUUGAACCCAGAUGGAGUUAUCAAUGGAAACCACCGAUGUUCCCUUAGUGGUGAGGAUCUCAAUCGUCAGUGGCAAACCCCAAGCCCUGAUCUUCACCCUACAAUUUAUCACACGAAGAGCCUACUGCAGUAUCUAGCUGCAUUACAGAGGACCCCACUGGUGUAUUGUGAUUAUCAUGGACACUCUCGCAAAAAGAAUGUCUUUAUGUAUGGCUGUAGUAUCAAGGAAACAGUAUGGCAGACUAAUGUGAGUGCAUCAUCUUGUGAGCUGCAGGAAGACCUUGGGUACAGGACUUUGCCAAAGAUCUUAAGCCAAAUAGCCCCUGCAUUCUGUAUGAGUAGCUGCAGUUUUGUGGUUGAAAAGUCCAAAGAGUCUACAGCUCGAGUGGUGGUGUGGCGUGAAAUAGGGGUACAGAAGAGCUACACUAUGGAAAGCACUCUCUGUGGCUGUGACCAAGGGAAAUAUAAGGGUCUUCAGAUUGGGACAAAGGAACUGGAAGAGAUGGGAGCCAAGUUCUGUGUCGGACUGCUCCGCUUAAAAAGACUGACCUCUCCACUGGAGUACCGGAAUCCUUCCCACUUCCUGGAUAUGGAGAAUGAUUUGAUUGAUUCCAGCUGUAAAGUCACAAGCACUACCACCUAUGUGCUUGAUGAGGAUGAGCCGCGUUUCCUGGAGGAAGUGGACUACAGUGCAGACAGCAACGAGGAGAAUGAGCCUGACCUGAAUGAGUGUACUGGAGACCUGGACCCCUGCCCCCCUGAAGAGGGUCUCUCGGAUUCAGAGAAAACCAGGAGAUACUCCUUCAACUGAUUACAGUACACUAAUAACCUGGAAUGAACCAAAAAAUAUUUCAAGGCUGAAAACACAAAAUAUUUAAUAGACAAUUGGGAAAUUAGAACCAUAGUUUUUAUUUAAAAAAAUAUGAAUCCAUUUGUAACUCAGGGCCUCAUUCCUGGCGUAUCAAGUGGACUUGUGACUGGCAGACUCGGAGAACACUUUUCUUUAUUUUAGAGGACUUAGGCAGCAAGGUAUUAAAUACAUGGUACAAACUACAAACUUGGGUUUGUAGAAAGAAAAUAGAGUCUAAGAGCAAAGAAUGUAACCUACAUCUAUUUUCACUUUUUUUGCCUUGGUAUGUUUUCUCCUUCCUGCAGAUCACUGGUUAGCAACCUAGAAACUGUAGAGGACCAACUACAGAAUUAAGAAAUAAUAGAACCAUAAAAGUUCAUUUUCUGUAAGAUUAAGCUUUCAUAAGGAUAAACUUUUAUGAAAAAAGAUCUAUUUAACAUUUGUCAACAUAAUUCCUUGGUGAAACAUUUUUAUUUCUUCAAGAGCCACAUGUAGCUAUUGCAGUGUAUGCUGUAAGUUAGCCACCACUAUUGCAUAUAUUUACUGUAUCACUGAACUAUAUAGUCACUAAAACAUGUAUCUUAAUAUAGUGACUUUGAUCACAUCAAAAGGGCAUCUGUACCAAGAACGUAAUGUACAACUGGAUUCAUUAGUAACUGGAUUCUAACUUGUACUUAAAUCUUACAUUUUCCAUAUUAAGGCUAAUUGGCUAACAAAAGAACCAGUAAACAAUGGUUAACUGUAGGCGCUGUAUAAUAUUUUGUUUUUUUUUGUGCAUAUAUUGCAUGAGUUAAGUCAAAGUUUUAAUUUAUUUUUAUUUGUCUACUAUGUGUUGUUUUAAAGAAAUCUGUGUGGUUAUCUCCGUGUAGUGCUGUGUGUGUAUUGUGAAAACACAGAUCAGAUCUUCACAGCUUUUUGCUGAUCUUGAAAAGGUAAAAUGUUUAACUUGAUUGAGAUGAGAAUAGUGGGAUGCUUGCUAUGAAAUAAUGAAAAAUAAAUUUAAAAUGCCUCAGUU